UCUUCUUCUUCUUCUUCUUCUUCUUCUCUCUCUAUGUGCAUGUUGUAAUUGGAUCAUCAAAAUGUCAGUUUCUGGGUUUCUCUUGACAAAACCACCAGACAUCUACACCACCACCACCAACUCAUUCAUAUUGUCUCCAUUUCCAAAGCUCACUUCCACCAGAAAAUAUCUGUUGAAUGUAAAAGCUUCUUCUUCGCCAUCUCCUAUCAACAACCCAAAUGGUGGCAGUGAUGAAGCAAAAUUUAUGAUAAGGAAAGAAAUAGAAAGAAAUUGGAAGAUUGAUUUUAAUGGAGAAAAACCAACUACCCCAUUACUUGAUACAAUCAAUUACCCAAUUCACAUGAAGAAUCUUUCUACACAGGAUCUUGAACAGUUAUCAGCGGAGCUUAGAGCAGAAGUUGUCCACAAUGUAUCGCAAACCGGUGGACAUCUCAGUUCAAGUCUAGGUGUGGUGGAACUAACAGUUGCGCUGCAUCAUGUGUUCAACACCCCUGAAGACAAGAUCAUUUGGGACGUUGGUCAUCAGACUUACCCACAUAAGAUUUUGACUGGGAGAAGGUCUAGGAUGCAUACACUUAGACAAACAUCGGGUCUUGCACCAUUUCCUAAGAGGGAUGAGAGCAUACAUGAUGCAUUUGGUGUAGGACAUAGCUCCACAAGCAUUUCAGCUGGUCUUGGAAUGGCAGUUGCUAGGGAUCUUUUAGGAAAGAGCAACCAUGUCAUCUCCGUGAUUGGAGAUGGAGCUAUAACUGCUGGACAAGCCUAUGAAGCCAUGAACAACUCAGGGUAUCUUGAUGCUAAUCUAAUUGUUGUGUUAAAUGACAAUAGUCAAGUGUCCCUACCAACCGCCACACUUGAUGGUCCUGCAAAACCGGUCGGAGCACUCAGUAGUACUCUAGCCAAGGUCCAAGCAAGCAAAAAGUUCCGCAAGCUUCGCGAAGCUGCAAAGAGCAUCACAAAGAGUAUUGGAGGGCAAGCACACGGAGUAGCUUCCAAGAUCGAUGAAUAUGCAAGAGGGAUGUUGAGUGAUUCUAAGCUCUCUCUCUUUGAGGAGCUUGGGUUGUACUAUAUAGGUCCGGUUGACGGGCAUAAUGUUGAAGACUUGGUUACAAUUUUUGAAAAUGUAAAAUCCAUGCCAACACCUGGUCCUGUUUUGAUACACAUCUUGACGGAAAAAGGGAAGGGAUAUCCCCCGGCAGAAACUGCUGCUGAUAAAAUGCAUGGGGUUGUAAAAUUUGAUGCAAGAACAGGAAAGCAGUUCAAGACAAAGUCAGCUACCCUUAGUUACACCCAAUACUUUGCAGAAUCACUUAUAAAAGAAGCAGAAGUAGAUAACAAGAUUGUAGCCAUUCAUGCUGCUAUGGGUGGUGGAACUGGCCUUAACUACUUUCAGAAGAGAUUUCCUGAUCGUUGUUUCGACGUGGGAAUUGCUGAGCAACAUGCUGUGACAUUCGCAGCUGGUCUAGCCACAGAGGGUCUCAAGCCAUUCUGUGCCAUAUACUCAACAUUCCUACAACGAGGUUUUGAUCAGGUAGUACACGACGUCGAUCUUCAGAAACUACCAGUUCGUUUUGCACUGGAUAGAGCAGGUUUAGUUGGGGAUGAUGGUCCUACUCAUUGUGGUGCAUUUGAUAUUACAUACAUGGCUUGUUUGCCCAAUAUGGUGGUCAUGGCUCCAUCUGAUGAAGCUGAGCUGAUGCACAUGGUUGCCACAGCAGCAGCCAUUGAUGAUAGGCCGAGUUGUUUCAGGUUCCCAAGGGGUAAUGGAAUUGGAGCAGCUGUUCUCCCUAAUAACAAGGGUACUCCACUUGGGAUUGGGAAGGGAAGAAUUCUAAUGGAAGGCAGCAAAGUGGCCAUUCUCGGAUUUGGUUCAGUUGUUCAACAAUGUAUUGAAGCUGCAGAUAUGCUCAAAUCCCGAGAUGUUUACGUGACUGUAGCUGAUGCUCGGUUCUGCAAACCAUUGGACACAGAGCUCAUUAGAUCAUUAGCUAAUGAGCAUGAGAUCCUAAUUACAGUAGAAGAAGGCUGUAUUGGAGGCUUUGGCUCACAUGUAACUCACUUUCUAAGUUUAAAUGGUCUACUAGAUGGAUCUCUAAAGUUAAGAGCAAUGGUUCUUCCUGACAGAUAUAUUGAUCAUGGAUCACCUCAAGAUCAGUUAGAGGACGCAGGACUUUCUUCCAGACAUAUUUCUGCAACAGUGUUGUCACUUUUGGGGAGACCCAAAGAAGCUUUCCAGUAUAAGUGAAACAAAAAUAUGCAGACGAGCAAGGAAAAAAAUCUCCCUAACUGUAAAAUAGCCAUGGUAAUUUUAGGUGAAUAGAAUGUUACAAAUUUGUUAUACUUCAGGCACAGUGCCAAUCAUAGAGAAAAUUAGAAACCUAUAAAACUGUUGCAGUGGAGCGGGAAAUGAACUCCACUCAUUUUCGCUAUGUACCAUUAGUAUUUUGUAGUGCUCAGCACAUAAGGAAAUGGAUCAACAGUUGUUAAA